UUUCUGUGACGUAGUACCCAAGCCGCAUGGCGUGCAUUUAAUUUCGUUCAAUAAGUAGAUGCAGCAUGGCAGAAACGAUGGAGACACAAACAAUUGAAGCGACGAACGUCCCUGUCCAGGUGCCUGAGCCUACCAAGGAGAAGUUGCUCGUAAAUGGCGGAUCAGACGCCGAUGGACACUCGGAUAAGAAGAUGAAGCUGGAGGAGAUGACGUCAAAAGAUUACUAUUUUGACUCCUAUGCCCAUUUUGGAAUCCAUGAGGAAAUGUUGAAAGAUGAAGUGAGGACGUUAACAUACCGUAACGCCAUGUGGCAUAACAAACACCUGUUCAAAGGGAAGACAGUUCUGGAUGUAGGAUGUGGGACAGGAAUUCUCUGUAUGUUUGCAGCCAAGGCUGGUGCUGCUCAGGUCAUAGGGAUUGAGUGUUCCAACAUUAUAGACCAUGCUGAGAAGAUUGUAAAGGCAAACAAACUUGAUGAUGUGAUUACGUUAAUAAAGGGUAAGGUGGAAGAGGUUACGCUACCAGUGGAGAACGUUGAUAUCAUCAUUAGCGAAUGGAUGGGUUACUGCUUGUUCUAUGAAUCCAUGCUCAACACAGUACUUUAUGCCAGAGAUAAGUGGCUGGGAAAAGGAGGUUUAAUAUUUCCCGACAGAGCCACUCUUCAUAUCACUGCCAUUGAGGACAGGCAGUAUAAAGAUGAAAAGAUUAAUUGGUGGGAUAGCGUCUAUGGAUUUGACAUGAGUUGUAUCCGUGACAUUGCAAUCAGCGAGCCCUUAGUGGAUGUUGUUGACGCUAAGCAAAGAGUCUCUAAUUCGUUCCUCAUCAAGGAAAUUGACAUGUACACAGUGACAAUCGCUGAUCUGACCUUCACCUCAAACUUCUGUCUGACUGUUCAGAGGAACGACUACAUCCAAGCGUUGGUGACGUAUUUCAACAUUGACUUCAGCAUGUGCCAUAAACGCAUCGGAUUCUCAACAUCCCCUGAUGCCCCCUACACACAUUGGAAACAGACUGUCUUCUAUAUUGACGACUACGUCACAGUAAAGAGAGGAGAGGUCAUCAACGGGGUCAUCGCAAUGAAACCAAACACCAAAAACAAUCGGGAUCUGGACUUCACCGUGGAGCUUGAUUUCGAAGGAGAACUUUCCCAAAUGAAGCAAACUCUUCAGUACCAUAUGCGAUAGAAUCCAAUGUAAAGUAAGAACGCCAGUCACGUCAAAUUAUGGAAAGACUCUCUGACUAAUUAGGGCUCAAAUUUAAAGCAAAAAUCCACAAAAUGUAGCCGUAAAUUUCACCUAAACUUCCUAACUUUAGGAUUAAUUUUAAGGACGUCGUACGAGUUCAUUUCCAUCUUCAAAGACGUUAGAUCAAAUUGAACCCAUAUUAAGUUAGGAAAGGUUACUCGCAGACACAUUGAACCCAUAUUAAGUUAGAACGGGUUACUCGUCCUAACUCAAGAUAAGUUACUCGUCCUAACUCGAGAUAGGAUUAACCCUAGCUUUUCUUGGAAGCGCCUGUAGGACUUUGAGGCGUAGACUCGUUACUGGAUCGAGGCCAGAACAAAAAAUAAAGCAAUACAAGAGUUGAAAUGAGAACACAGUUACGUCAUCUAAACUUUGUCAUUUGAACAAAACGCUACAAGUAGAUUUAUCUCUACUGUUUUAUGGGCGAUACGCAGCAGAGUUAUAAAAGACAUUUGUGAAACGCAAACUCAACAUUUAAACAUUCUUUGAGACAAAGAUGUUGAAUUGAAGAUGAAAAAACCAAACCACCGUCUUAAGUUUAUCGGCCGACUCUAAAAUUACUGAGCCAGUAAUUUACUGGCCUCAGGCCAGUAAUUUCAGUGUAAAAUUAAAGCCCUGACAAUUUCCCAUGCAUCAUCCUUGUCAUUCAGCCCCCCCCAGCCCACCCAAUUUUCUCAUUACUUUGAACUCCGCUGUCUUGAAUGGUAAACUGGGCCAGUAGGGGGUCAGUGGUCCUGUGGAAGAAUCAACCCAUAGACUGUCAUAGCGCUCCCCAAGUUGAACCACCCCCCCCCCCUUUUUCAGUUGGCCCCCUACUCCCUCCCCAAUCUCAUGCAUUGCUAUUUAUUCCUAUACCCAGUUACUCAUCAGGUAAUGCUUGAAGAAUCUAGUGCAAGAUAAAUAAUAUUAAGAUGAGGCUAAUUAUUUGGCACUCCAAGGACUCUAGGGCUUUACCCUAGUCAUGUAAGGGAAAGGAAAUUCUAUUUUUUUCUCUUAAAUGUACAUCAUUAUAAUUCCUUGUACUGUAGUCAAUUUAUUUAUAAUCUUUUCUUUAUUUGUUUGAGUAACUGUAAUGCGUAGGAUCUUUUGCUCCACUGAUGUUCCUAGUGUUGGUGUUUGGACACUGCACUGCUGUGUUAAGAUUGUCACGAUGAGGAGCAACUUUAAUAUGAGAUCUUGGUUGCUAGAAAAGACAAACUGAAGUGUACAUGUAUAAGUACCUGGACAAUUAUUUGCUUAUGUAAUUGGCGUUCCAAAAGUAUAAUUGUUCUCAGACUUAAGCUUUGAGUGGCCGAUGUUUUCUUUACAACUCUUCAUGAACAUCGUAAAGUUCAAUUAAAUUUUCGCGUUUUAGGAAUAUUUCUGAAAGGGUUUAUGCCAACAGAACGAUGUUUUAGGAUGAACAUUCUGCUUCUAAGUAAUAGAUUUGAAACUUCUGCUAAAAGAAAGACAGUGUUGUUGUUUCGAAUUGGGGGAAGGGGGGGGGAGGGGGGUGGCUGUGCUGGAAAAGUAAGGAAAUAAACACUUAGGAUUUUAUGAUGUAAAAUGUUGCGGAUAUUCUCACAUGGGCACCAAUGUCGCGCUUAGUCGAGAGAAAGCCCUGCUGGCAAGAGGCCACUCAUUACGUAAAGCCACUUUUUAAAAACUUGCUUAUUGCAUUUGUUUUGUAAACAUGUCGUUUGUGUAUAGUUUUUUUGUUCUUUUUGUAUGUUUAUUCGUUUUAAGACUGAGAACCAUGGCAUUUGUUGCCAUUGAUUGAACAUUAAAAUAAAGAUGAGAUAAAGUAACUGA